AUGGGCAUUUCACAACCCGUAAUUAAUUUCAUCCAAGGCCUAAAAGAUCUAAAAUCACUCUAUCGGGACCCAUUGUUUUCUGUUUGCAUUCUUAGAGUGCUGGAUAAGGACACAUCAGCCCUUCUCUUUGAUCUCCUCAGAUUGAAUUUAGAUUUAAAUACGAUUAAAGCACUUCCAAACGUCAAGGAAAGCCUUGGCACAUUGCUUUCUCUGGGACUAAUCAGGAAAAUAGACAGCAAAAUAUCCUUGGAUUCGGAGUAUCGUUCGUCUUUACUCGAGUCCUUUUGUCUGAACCACUUUGACAGAAAGUUUAAACCUAUUAGUAUUAAUGACUUGAAAAGUAUAAAUCUGAAAUUAGAGUGCUUAGAUAGUGGAAAUGCUAAUAGUAAAUUAGAAAAGAUUGCCGAGGAGAAGAUUCACUCAAUUUUGGAGUAUAUAGCCUCCGAUUCAAGCAUUAAUCUCGCUGGAGUCCAAGACAUUUUAUUUUACUGCGAGUUAAAAGACACUUUACAACAAAUAACCAACAAGGGAUUUGAGUUUCUUUUGCUUGCACGAAAAGACCAGCUGUGGUUUUUGAUUGUCAACGCAAUUAAGUACCACAGCAGGGAUUCAUUGGAGGAGUCGGAAAUGUUUAUAAGCCUAGCUGAAAUUUUGAUGAAAAGGAGGUGUGGACCAUAUAUCUGCAGUAGUUUUUCAAGCUGGCAUUCAUUUCUGGAUUCGAUCGGGGUACUUUUCGUGAUUAGUCAAGACAAUAAUCUAGUGUUUUACGUUAAUAAUUCCGUACUGUACGACAAAGUGCCACUGGCAGACUCAGCCAUGACACACCAUGGCACAGCUGGCAUAGACGAUAUCUAUGAUAUUGAUUAUACCAAACCAAAUAUACCGAUCAACAAGGCUUCAAACAAGUUCAUAGUUCUGGAAACAAACUUCAAGAUAUAUGCAUACACAAGUACUGCAUAUGACAAAAGCGUGCUUUCACUCUUUAGUAAGACGGUCUAUGUCUUUCCGAACUUGAUUAAGGCAUGUUUCGAUGAAGAGUCACUACUUUCGGCCUUUAAUAAGGGUAUAACUGCCAAGCAAAUUAUCAAAUAUUUACAGGAACACAGUGAGGAGGUGCCAAAAAACAUUGUUAAUCAGAUUAGCAUUUGGGAGCAUAGACAGCACAGGAUCAGAGCCAGGAAUGGGUAUUUGUACCACGAUUUCAUACAUUUGAGCGAUUUCCAUCGCGUGCUAAGGUAUGUUGAAUCAAAGGGAGGAUUAAUUUACAGGGACGAAGUGAAAAGAAUGAUUGUGGGAGAAGAGAGAAUACAUGAAUCUGUUAAAAAUUUUAUUAAAGAAAUGCAAAAAUAG